UCAGCGUGGCGCAUUGUGGUCUUGCGGAGGACUGGCUGGACCUCCCGACCAGCAAUCUGUAGCGGGCGACGCGGCGAAAGGAAAGGCGUCCGUGCUCGCUUCAGAAUCCCGCCCCCACCCCGUUUUGGGGAGGUAAAGCUAGAGGGGGGUGGGGGGGGAGGAUAAACAUGCCGAAUUUCUGCGCGGCCCCGAAUUGUAGCAGGGGCAGCACCAAUUACCCGGACCUACCUUUCUUCAGGUUCCCCAGAGACCCCGAAAGGUGUCAGAAAUGGGUGGAGAACUGUCGGAGAGCAGAUUUAGAAAACCGUUCCGCUGAGCAGCUUCACAAACAAUACAGGCUAUGUGCGAGACACUUUGAACAAUCUCUAAUAUGCACAAAUACUUUUGAUUUGGAUUUAGUAUGGCCACUGUUGGAAGUCUCACAAAACAAGAACGACUGCAGUUGCUGGAAUCUGAGCCCUUACAGAACAGUCCUCAAGGAUAAUGCUGUGCCAACCUUGUUUGACUUGACAAGUCAUCUCAAUAAACCUGAAGGCAAACACAGAAAGCACAAGAUGAUAAAAGAACUGACUGAGGAAGAUCUGCUGAGGGUGAAGGCACCAAGAACUGAUGGUGAUGUCCUGAGAGGUCUGCAGUGCAAGCAGGAGCCAAUCAACGAACUAGAGAAAACAGACCUGGAAGGUGCAACAGAAAGCCUCGAGGAAUCUACUCUUCUGGAAGAAUCUUUGAACUUGACACCUGAAGAGAAAGGGAAUAAAGAAUUCCUGAAAGUUUUAUUUGAAACUGUAUUGCUAUUGGGGCGGCAAAAUGUUCCAUUGGGAGGAUCUGCCACUGAAAACGUAAGUAAUUUGUGCAAUACUCAAGAUAACAUUCAAGCACUGCUGGAGUUCAGAAUGAAUGCAGGUGAUGAAAUUCUACGGAAGAGGUUUGAGACUACUGCAGUGAAUGCAGUGUAUUGCCCAAAGAACCUGCAAAAAGACCUUUUGGAUAUCUGCGAGAUGUGCAUACGUGAAGAGGUUCUCAGAGAAGUACGUGACAGCAAUUUCUUCUCAAUUGUAACUGAUGAUGUGAUCAACAUAGCAGGGGUCGACCACGUCUCUCUGUUGAUUAGAUUUGUAGAUGAAUCUGACUCUCUAAGGCAAGAGUUCGUUGGGUUCAUACCAUGUGAACUAGAUGGAGAGUUUUUAGCAAGUCGGAUCCAUGAGACUCUUACAGAAAAAUGGGGACUGAAUAUGUAUUAUUGCCGUGGACAAGCCUAUAAUGGCUCUGGGGCUAUGUCUUACAAAAAGCAAGUAGUUGUGGCUAGCAUCUUACAACAGUGUCCAAAGGCAUUGUGCACUCCCUGCUCCUCUUACCCACUAAAUAUAUGGAUGGCAAAGUCUAGCUUGAUUUUUGGUAUAAGCAUGGUGUUAAGCUUGAUGGAAAAUAUCGUAUCAUUUUUCAGUUUAUCGCCUCAGCUCCAAAAAGUUUUUGAUGUUAGCGUUGACAGCAUCUAUCAAACGAAUGAAGAAAAGGCAAAAGAGCUGAAAAAACUCUUCCAAAUCAAUUGGUAUGAAAGACAUGACACUUUUGAAAUCCUAGCAGAUCUUUAUGAAGUGUUGGUGACCUGCUUGGAUGAGAUCAGCUACGAUACAUGCGGUAGAUGGAAUGCUGAGAUAGCAACCCAGGCCAGUAUGCUGUCAUCCACCAUGCGAGAUUUUGAAAUAGUUGUCUCUCUUAUGGUCCUGAAGAAUGUCCUCUCUUACACAAGAGCCUUUGGCAAAAACCUUCAGGGUCAAGCUUCAGACACCUAUUUUGCUUCAAGCACUUUGACUGCUGUUCUCCAUUCGUUGAAUGAAAUGAGAGACAAUAUUGAAGUGUACCAUGAAUUCUGGCUGGAGGAAGCCACCAAUUUGUCCUUCAAAAUGGGGAUUGAAUUAAAGUUGCCGUGGAGGUGCCGUAGGCAACCUCAGAAUGAGGAGGUGUCUGAAGAGACUCCAGAAAAUUACUACAAAGAAUCAAUCACUGCACCAUUUCUGGAUCACAUUAUUUUAGAAAUAGAGGACAUGUUCUCUGAGCAGCAGUUAAAGGCCCUCAAGUGCCUGUCAUUGGUGCCUUCCGUUAUGGCACAGCUGAAAUACAACACUGGAGAGGAAAACAUGGCUGAUCUAUAUAAAGAUGAUCUCCCAAAUCCAGAUACCCUUUCUGCAGAAUUGCACUGUUGGAAGAUAAAAUGGAAGCACCGCAGUCGAGAUGUCGAACUCCCCAGCACUAUCUUUGAUACUCUUCGUCAUCCCGACAUCAAGUUCUUUCCAAACGUGUACACUUUGCUCAAAAUUGUCUCCAACCUUCCGAUUAUUAAACUUGAAACGGACAAAUGUGACAUUGGAAGGAAACGACUUAAAGCCUAUUUGAAAGUCACUCCGGUUGAGGAAAGAACCAGCAGUCUGGCACUGAUCCAUAUUAAUUAUGACGCAAAGCAUGACUAUGACAUGAUGGUGGAUACCUAUGCUAAGUUGUACCCAGAGAAAAUGCAGUUGCCUCAUGUGACUGAUUCAGAUAAUGUGGAGGUAAACAAUCACGAUGGAAGCAGAGUGGAAGUGAACAAUUUGGGUACAGGCACUGGUCCACUGUAUGAGGUAGACAGUGACUGCAUGGAAGUAGUGAGUCACACACUGGUGAGUGGGAUAGUGUUGCAUCACCAGUCGCCAGGAAGCAUCUUGGAGGCCUGCCAGAAUCCAAGCAAGAAUGUCAUAGAGGUGACCCAGCAUCCAGAGGGGAGCACUGUGGAGCUGCAGCAGCUUCCCGUCGGCAGCACCAUGAUAGUGACCCAGCAUUCAACAGAACCCAGCGUGGAACUGCAACACCAUCCUGAAGGGGCUGAGCCUGACCAGCCGCCAGUAGGAAGCACCGUGGAAGUCCAACACCACAUAGAGGGAAGGGUGGUGGAGGUGAUCCACCAUCCGGAGAUGAAUGGUGUGGAACUGCAGCACCGCUCGGAGGUGAAUGGUAUGGAAUUGGAGCACCAUCGAGAGGAAGUUAUUGAGGUGAGCCAUCAUUCGGAGAUGAGAGCUGUAGAAUUUACGCCACAGUUGGAGGGCAGCACAGUGGAACUGCAGCAUCAUGUACAUGGUGUUGCUGUGACACUACAGCACCAUAUAGAAGGAAGUACUGUAGAACUACAGCAUCACCCUGAAGACACCACUGUGGAGAUGCGUCAUGCUGAAACAAGUGCUGUAGAGUUGAGUCAUCAUGUGGAAGAGAGUGCCAUGGAGGUGGAUCAUUACCCAGAGUCUAGCACCACAGACUUGCAGCAGCAUCUAGAGUCCAGUGCCAUAGAAUUGCAACACCAACUCCAACCAGAGCCCGUAACUACAGAGAUUUUGUGCCAUCCAGAGUCCAGAGAGGGAGAAGUGCAGCACAGCCUGGAAACUGUGGCUGCAGAAGUGCAGCAUCCUCCAGAUUCUGGUGAGCACCAUCCACAGACAACUGAGGCAGAGGUGCAUCAUCCGGAGCCAGGAGCCUUAGAAAUCCAGCACCGCUCAGAAUCUGUCACUUCACAGAUACCCCAGCAUCCAGAGCCUCCCAGUACAGAUGUACAACACCAUCCUGAGCCUGUUGCCAUGGUAACCCAGCAUCCCUCAGAGCCUGUCACUUCAGAGACAGAGCUCCACUUAGAGUCUGCCUCUUCAGAGAUACAACAGCAUUCUGAGCAAAGUGCCAUAGUAAUUCAGCACCAUCCAGAGACUGUUGCUGCAGAGAUACAGCACUAUUCUGAACCUGUCGCUAAGGAAUCUAGUGCCACUGUAAUCCAGAACUAUUCUGAGCCUGUCACUACAGAUUUACAGCAGCAUCCUGAGCCUGUUACUACACAGAUUCAUCAUCCGGGGCCCACAGUAAUGAUAAUCGAAAGCCACCCAGAGUCUACUGUCGCAGAGAUACAACAACACCCUACGCCCAGUGCCUUGCUAAUCGAGCAACACCCUGAGCCUGCUACUACAGAGAUACAGGACCAUUCAGAGGCUGGUGCCAGAGAUGUACACCAUCACCCAGAACCUAAUGCAUUGGAAUUACAGUCCCAUCUGGCAUCUGAUAUAGUGGUUGAGGGUUGUCCACAGGUAAACACAGUGGAAUUAGAGCACCAAUCGGUUGCAAGGGUUGUGGAAACCAGCACUGUGGAGCUGGAGAACUGUUCAGAGACAGUGGAAUUGCAGGAGCAUCCAGAAGGAGGCACAGUGGAAGUGGACAGUGUGAGUGUCUGCACUCAGGAUGUUAGCGGUGAAGGAAUAAAGAUUUUGCAAGUUAAAAAUUCAGAAGAAAGCAAUUCAGAAACGAACAUUUCUAGUGUAAGUAAUGUAAAUAAUUCUGAAGUAGCUGUACAAUAAAAUGAUUCAUUGUCCUACUUUGAAUAAAUUUAAUAUAGUCUGCAUCGAAAUCUCUGACCAUGUCAGCUUGGGCAUGUUUAAAUGAAGACUCUAGCAUGAGUUUCUCAGAGAUGUUCAUUAAGAGGGAAAUGUAAUAAUUCUGGAGUACUGUCAUUUGUUAUAUUUACUUAACCUCCCUCUGCACCCACCCCAUUCUUCCUCAUGCCUCCCCUUGCAAUAGUACAGAGCUUCACCGUCCAUCUACAAUUACCUCUGAUUUUAAGCAUUGUUGCCCUGGGCCAAAAGAAAAUGGAGAGAAUCUUGCCAAAGACCCAUCCACAUGUAAAGCCUGCCCUAUGAUUAUUUAAGGGAGUGCCAUACUCUCUUUAACUGUAGCAAUGGUCUCUGUAAAAGUUAAAUUUAUAAAAAGUUGAUAUGCAGAUAAGAAACUACAUGAUUGAGUGUGAUGCAUGAACAACAUUUUUGUUUGUGUGAAAUGCUCAGUGUUUAAGUAUACAGUAUCCUUGCCUAGGUACAUUUUAUCCUUGGAUGUUGAAUUCAAAUGCCCUUGUGCCAUUGAUGUGCUAGGGUACAUAUGGCUGUGUGACAUUCCUUCGGUGCUUCGUAUGAGCUCAUGCUGUGAAUUAUCUGACUUCCACAGCAAUGCAUUGGGUUCUGAGCAAUGGUGCAAACUUUUUCUAUUUUAGUGCUCUUUCCUCUUUCCAACCCCUUCUCUCUCCCCACAAUGAAUGCCCAAUUAGUAUGCAGAUUAGGUGAUUGAACCUCCUGCAGUCUUAGUUACUGUAGCUCUAUAUUGUAAUAGCCAUCGGAAGCCAGUCAGACUUGAUCAAUGAAGUUUAUUUUUCUCACAAAAUGUUUCUACAUGAGAUACUUAAAAUACAUAAUUUUAUUAAUAACUUCCUCUGAACAUCAGUCUUUCUGCAUUGUAUCCAGUCUCUACCUUAAAUAGAGGAUGCAGAAUGAGACCGCUAUAUCCUUAUUUGUGCUUAGACUUUCUGGAAAUUUGUGAAUGGUUUCAGAAGUAACUAGUGCAUUUUUUUUCUUUAGCCAUACCUCCCAGUGACUUUGAUACAUCACCAAAAAGGUUAAAUAUGAGAAAAAGCUAGUUGAUCUAUGUUAGACCUGUUCCUUUAACACUAGAGAAAGUCUAACAUCUAAAUCAUGUGGGAUCAUAUCUCAAGACAACUAAGAGUUACUUAAAGUCUUGGUCACUGCAUUUGUUUUCCAUGUACAUAGUCUCAUUAUUGAAAAAAACAUCAAAGGAAUUGCUUCAUAGUUUGGGUCUUAUUCCCAUUCAUUGUGAUCUUAGUACGGUUAUUUGAGGUGACUGGCUUAUUCAGGGAAAGAAGGAAUCUACUGCAGACACUGAAGUAUUUUAAUUGAAUUUCAUAUUGGAAUAGUAAAUCUGAAAGAUUGAUUAAAAUAACCACUGGGAGAAAUACUCCUGGCUUCCUAGCUUAAAUAUCUCUUGGCAAUUUUACAAAUACACAUUCGGUACUCUUGCAAAAUUCACUUAAUGUUGUCCAGUAAAGUUGGGAGGAACAGCAGCAUUUAUUAAUGUGUCCAUCAUAUUAUGAAGUUGUAGCUGAGUCAAUUGAAGUUUAUUUGAUGAAAAUGCUUUAUGUAAAAUGAGAUGCCCUUUUCCCUUCUGUAUAAUUUUGUUUAAUUCUUCCAUCUGGCGAAAAUGCUCUUAUUAUUUUGAGGUCCACUUAAUUAAAAUACUUGGCUUCAGGUAGCAAGAGCAGAAUGCAACUGAGCCCACUUAAUGGCCAAUGUUCUGCAGAGUUAAUAUUAACUUCCUUGUUAACUUUUAACUUUUAAAUCAACUUCCUGUUAAACUUCCUUGCUUAUGACCUAAGCAAAGGUGGUAGGAUUGGGGACAUAGUAAGGAUGUGUGGGAAUUGAGGUGGUCAGGCUUCCUUUUCAUAAUCUGCUAUAUACAUUGACAUAGCAUGUGAAUUGCUGUGAUUCCUCCACUUUUAGUCUAAUAAGCCAUUGGCACAUGCACAUUGGCCAACUCAAAGUGAAAAGUGACCCCUUGGGUGUGGGCUGCUGCUGCCUGUGGAACUAAUUCCCAGCAUUCAUCAUCUGGAUAGAGCAUAAAAAAACAAUUUUUACAUCAAAUUGCAUUUUCCUUUUUAGAGCUUGCCAGUGAUCACCAGAUAUUCAGAUCUGGAGAAACAUCAUUAGAAACCAUAGAAAUAUACUGUUAAUAUGGAGAGAUUUUUGGUGUAUUUUCCUAAUAAACCGACACAUUGAACCAGUCCCUUGUUGGGCGUUUGAUGGCUGUAAACACUCGGGUCCAAAUAAAUUUGAAAUUGAACAGGCCAAUUUCCUCAGUUUGAUGUUGGGGGCAGCAGUGGGUGAAUUAAGAAGAGACUGGAUGACAUGCAUAUAGAUGUCCUUUUUGGGAAGCCCCUGUACCCAUUUUUUGUGUGUGAACCUAGUGCAUCAGACAGUAAGGGACUAUGUAGUUGUCAUGGUUAAAUUUGAUCUUAUCCUUGAUUGGUAUUGCCACUAGUUCAUAUUUACCUUGGUAUUAAUAAGAGGCAGGAAGCUUUGCUGAUUCCCUUUAUGAAGUCUUCAAUGACUGCCCACAUAGAAGUCAACCGGCUGAGCAGAGAAUGAAUGUUAAACCUGGGACCAAAUAUUGCAUUGUGUGGUUCAUUUAUAUGCUCGGCCACGAGAGGGAGCUGCGUUCAUGCUCCAGGUAGUCGAGGGAAUUUAAUUAUAAUUCAGUAAAUAGGUCUUUCGAUGUGGUUUUCAGUGGGUUGGUUGAUUCUUUCAUUCCACUUGGAUCUGCUUGGUUUAAUUUUUUAACCUUUCUGUCAUGUAAAAUUUCACUUCAUUAGUGGGUUGUGUAAAUGUAACACACCGUUGCAGAAAGAUGUCCCUUUUGAUGUUCAAAAGUAUUCAGCUCUGCAGCUUAAUUAAGCAUUCAUCACUUGUUACAAUACAAUUAAGUUUCGUGGAUACUUGCUUUCCUAUUAACUGAUAAUUGUGUUAGAAAUCCAUUUCUGUGAAAUAUUUUGUUGAUCCUCAAACUUAAUCUUGGGGUCUUUUGAAAUAUAUUUGAAAGGCUCCGUAUACCUAAUGUCAAAUUUAUAUUGGAAAAAACAGAGACCCAUUUGCAAGCUGCUUAAGUAGGAAGAUUUUUUAAAUUAAAUGGCAUAGGUAUUUUCUGCCACUUCCACACUGGCUUAGCAGUUAAGACACCACUUGUGAUCGAAGCAGACAAGGAAGGCUCUUAAUUCACAUUUUUAAUUCAGCUGUUAGUACAGCAGGGGCACUACAAUCAUUGCAUUAUUCCCUGCAUCAAGCAUGGGCUUUGGUUUAGUUAAGCCUCUUCCUUCUAUUUGCUGUCCAAGAGCUGCUUAUUGAUAAUGAUGGGUGUUAUUCUGCCUUAUGAUACUGUCAUGGCUUCUGCUCAAAUGAAGGCCAUUAUGAAGAGUACUGGAAGGAAUAUUUAAUGGUGUAUAAUUUGUCAAUUUCAGGACAAGACACCAUUUCUAAAUUUUUGUGUACGUAAAUACUCCCUGUUCAGGUUAGGGCAGAGGGUGAGAAGGGAUGGGUGGUGUGAUGAUGCUGGUUCUUUGAGUAAACUUUUGCUGAUUGUUAGUAGUUAGCGGCAGAGUACAGCAAUUAACUGUAAGAAGGUUGACAUGUUCACUUCUGAUAAAUAUAAGGCUGUCCUUCAUUUCAAGAGAAAAUGCUUAAAAGGGAAAACCCUGGGGGUGGGGGUGGCAGAGGAUAAAAAGACAUUAAAACAUACCUGGAAUUCCCUAUGUUUCUCUUUUUUUUCUCUCUCUGUGUCUCUUUCAUUUCUCUAGCAGUCAUACUGAAAAGGAGUUGUAUGUAAAAAGAAACAUUGAAUUCAAUCAGUGCUGAUGUCAUUGAAAUGGAAUUCUGCUUCCUUUCCUCCUAAGCACAUUGUGCUCCUUUGAAGAAUAGCUGAUUCUUUGCCCCUACCCUGACACAAUUAGCUUUACACCAGAAGUAAACUGAAUAGCCUAUAUUUUCAAAUUGCAAAGCUUAUUGGGAAUGUUUGUUGCUCUGUUUUGUCUUUUUAAAGAAAAUAUUUCAGAAGCAUACUAACAGCUCCUGGUGCAAGUAAUAGUGAUCAUUUGUGUUGGUACUGAUGUUUUCCUUUUGAAUAGGUAGCAAGUUCAUCAUUUCUUCACACCAUGAAGGACAUUUCUUGUAAAAGCUUUGCUACAGGUUCCGUACUUCAGUGCACCACCGGCCCUUGAAUUAUAAGUACUUGAGAAAAGAACCUGCACUUGUUUAAUCUUGUAACUUCUCAUUAAUUAUGAAGAACUUUGUCAGAAUUGUUACCUUUUGUGGUACGUAAAUGCAAUGGAAUAAGUCACACUUUCAUGUUCCUGUUUUAUGUUCAGUGUUGCAAAAACUAUAGCUACUUGGGCUUAUUUCUGCAGUCUAGAUGUUGAAUACAUUUUGCGUGCAUCUGUAUUUUACAAUAAAUUGAAAACUUUGGAAGGUUGAUGUGUUUUCUUUUCAGAUACCUCCCAUCACCUCCCUCCCCUGUCUCUUCUUCCCUGUCCCUUGAAAUAGUGGAACUCUGCCCAGACUCGAAUAUCUAUUGUAAAACACCUUUAUUAUGAGAACAUAAGAAGCAGGAGUAGGCUAUCCAGCCCCUCAAGCCUGCUCUGCCAUUCAAUAAGAUCAUGGCUGAUCUUGCUACGGACUCAGCUCCACCUCCCUGCCUUUUCCCCAUAACCCUUAAUUUCUCAACUAUGCAAAAAUCUAUCUAACUGUGUCUUAAAUAUAUUUAAUGAGGUCGCCUCUACUGUUUCCCUGAACAGAGAAUUCCACAGAUUCACUGCUCUCUGGGAAAAACAGUUUCUCCUCAUCUGUCCUAAAUCUAUUCCAUUUCCAACCCCCCCCCCCCCCCCCCCCCACCAAUCUUGAGGCUAUGUUCCCUAGUUGUAGGCUCACCUACCGGUGGAAACAACUUUCCUGCCUCUAUCUUAUCCCUUUCAUAAUUUUAUGUUUCUAUAAGAUCUCCUUUCAUUCUUAAUGCCAGCAAGUAUAGUCCCAGGCUACUCAAUAUCUAUUCAUAAGCUAAACCCCUCAUCUCCGGAAUCAACCUGGUGAACCUCCUCUGCACCACCUCCAAAGCCAGUCUUUCUUUGAGUAAGGAGACCAGAACUGCGCACAUUACUCCAGGUGCAGCCUCACCAGUACCUUGUAUAGUUGCAUCAUUACCUCCUUGCUCUUAAAUUCAAUGCCUCUUUUUUUGUAUCUCUUUCAGGCGAUUCCAACCUUUAUUUCGAAAUCCUUUAUUGACACUUGAUUCCAAAAUUCUUUCAUGUAUAUGGCAGAAUAAAAACCCAAGGUUAAGUAAGAAAUAUUUACAAAGAUUAAAAAAGGAUGGUGGUAUGGCUUUGCCUAAUUUUAGAUUUUACUAUUGGGCAAUUAAUAUUAGGUACUUAAUUUUCUGGGCACAAGAUUUAGAUGCAACUCAUUGUCCCUGUUGGGUACACCUUGAGUGUGAAUCAGUGCAAGGA